GCUGUGUGUGACAGACUGAUACAAGUGGGUCCUCUGAGAAAUCCAGUUGUAGUCCCACAUGAGAUGGAGGCUCAGACAGUCACGUGGUUGGUUUUUCUGGCCCUAAUGAAACAUGUUUCUACAAGUGACUUUACAAGUCCCUUUAAACUAGAACCUGGUGUGCUGCCAGCCACUGAGGGAUCCUGCGUUGAAAUUAAAUGCAAUGUCACAAGAGAUGUUGAUUAUCCUCCUUCAUACUGGUUUUGGAUGAAAGAUGCAAAAUGGGUCAAUAGUGACUUUACAUCCACUGUCAUUUACAGCACAAACAACUCGACACGUCCAGUCAGUCCUUACUUUGCAAACAAAGUCAAAUACAUCGGUUCUUCAUCUCUAAGUUGGAAGAAUGCUAACUAUGCUGAGCCGAAGCCACUGUGCAGUGUUUUGAUCUGUGACCUGAGAAGAAAUGACAGCGGAAAUUAUUCAUUGAGAUUCAUAGGGACGGGGAAAUGGAUAUGGGUAACUGAAGUAGUGACCCUCAACGUUACCGUAAACCGAUGCCCGCUCACUUUUGAGGGACCAGCUGCUGUGGUGGAGUCCGACAAGGUCACACUCACAUGCAACACUUCAAUUUCAUGUCCUUCAAACCCUCACAUUCAAGAUGUGACUCAGAACGACCAGACACAGGUCACAGGCUCUCAGCAGGAUAAUGAAAGAACCACCUUCAGCUUUACAGCCAGCUGGGAGCAUGAUGGGAGGGUGUUUUCAUGCCAAACACAGGACAACAAGGACAAAUAUUUGAUCCGGAAUAUUACAGUCACUGUUAAAUAUAAGCCGAGGAAGCCGAGCAUUUCUGUCAGUGGCUCUUCUGAUAACCAAGUGAAAGUUGGUGGUUCUCUCACGUUAACCUGUGACACCGAUGCCAAUCCUGCCCCGAAGACUUACUCCUGGUCCCGCAGCAAAAAUCAACAAACUGACUCUUGGUGGAAGAACACAAACAGCCGAGAGCUGAAUUUAACAAUACAAAGAGCAGAUGAAGCUUGUUACAGCUGCAGCUCCUCAAACCUCAUUGGUAGAGGGGAUAAGAGUCAACCAGUGUGCAUACAAGUACUGUACCCGCCCACUGAACCUAAACUGUCUAUGAGUUCUGAGGUCAAAGAAGGUCAGACCAUCACCAUCAACUGCACUGCUGAAAGUUUCCCACAGUCAACUCUCACCUUGAUGAGGAUCAACACAAAUCCUCAGUCUUCAAAGAUCACAGAAAAUAAUCGUUAUUCACGACCCAUCAACUCUCUCUACAACAAGAUUAAUGUGACUUCAGCCGAUGCUGGCUGGUACUUCUGCCAUGCCCUGAACACUCAGGGCUCAAAGGACAGCGAGCAAAAGGAGUUGGUGGUGAAAUACAGUCCCAAACAUGUGACAGUUCAAGCCAAUCAAGGUCUUGAAGUGAAGGAAAAUGUGUCGUUGACACUGAGCUGUUCUGCCGAGUCCAACCCACCAGUGAGCUCUGUCACCUGGAGGAAGACGACUGAUGGGAGAGAGGAAAUCAUCCAACAGACUCAGACUCAGACCUUCAGGGUGAAUUCAGCCAGUCCCUCUGACAGUGGACUGUACAGCUGUGAAGCCACCAAUGACAUUGGAAGUGGAAAGUCACAGCCAGCUGAGGUUAAAGUCAGAUUUUCUCCAAAACACACAAAAAUCACAAAGUCGGCAGAGAAGCAGGAGCUUGACGGGAGGAGCUCCGUGAUGCUGAGCUGCUUCAGUCACAGCUUUCCCCCAGUCCAACACUACUCAUGGUACAGGAAGAGUCAGGGAGAGGAAAAGGAUAAAAUUGUGUCUGAGCAUCAAAACCACACAGUGUACUCAAUCCAGUCAGGAUUUUACUACUGUGUCGCAAAAAAUGAAGAAGGUCAGCGUUUGUCUGAUCCCGUCCAUCUGUUUGAACAAAACUCUCUGCACAUCCUGAAGUUCAUCGUUCCUGCUCUAUUUGUCCUGAUGAUUAUCAUUUUAAUCAUCGUAGUUUUAAGAUUCAGGAAGAAAAAAUCUAUUCAACAAGGAACAACAAACAGAACAUCCUUAUUUUUGGGUUGGUGUAAUGGUACCAGGAGGAGGAGUCUGACAUAUGAGAAUGUUUCUGCGGAGCCUUUCAGGAGCAGAGACAACCUCUUGUCAGAGCAGUUGAGACGCCAGCCUCUUCCAGACAGCACGCCUCCGACCGACAUCAACAUUGUUUACAGCCUUUUGAAUCUGCCCCAGGCUGCCUCUGCACAAAACCCCACAAGACGGCAAGAUGGAAACACCGAGGACGAUUCUGUCAACUACACUUCUCUGCACUUUAAGAAUAAGAUGAAGAACAAGCCAAGAAAGGUGGAAGAUGACACUGUGUAUGCAAAGGUUUCCAAGCCAACGCGAGUUAAAAAGAAUGAACCAGAGAGCCUGCCCGACUAUGAAAACAUUGGUAAUGCAGCUGCACGUGCACCAACAUCUCCAAAUCUACUUGACGACCACAGCAGUGAAGGUGAAGUGGAGCUCGACUAUUCACAGGUGAGCUUCACAGCGAUGCCCCGACAUCAGAUAACCAACAGAGACUCCAGCAGCUCAGAAGAAGAAGAGAGUUCCUACUCUGACGUCAGAAUUUGAACCCAGAUGUUCUUGUACUUUUUUUUUACAUCACAGAGAGUCUGAAGAUUUCAUGUGUUAAGCAAAAUAGGUCGUAGCCGUAAAUCUACAGUAAUGUAAGCUGGUCAACAAACCUUAUGCAGCUACAAAAAAAACCUGCGUGUUGCCAUUAUGAGUAUUUUAAAACUAGUUAGCAAGAAGGCACAGAAGUUCCAUUACUGAGCUAAUAUGGAUAAAUAUUUGAAACUGUUAAACAAAGGUUUGGGGGAAAAUAGUGAACAUAGAAAAAUGUGAGGGAUAAACUGUUAAAUCCUCAUUUUGAAAUUUAAAAUGUAAAUAAUGUGAGUGUAAAAUGAUUGUAUUAGUAACUUUUUAUAUAAUCUAUAUAUAUAUAUAUAUAUAUAUAUCACAUGCAGUUAGACAAGAAAUGCUGAGAAUCACUGCUGAAUGUCUUUUUUUGUGCUUUCCAGUUUUGUGAACUUAAUCCAAACCCACACACCUGAAAUGUAAAUAUCUUGUUGCUAAAAAUAAAAUGAAAUAUGUUGGAAUAAA